AUGAAAGAAAAGCAAGACAUGGCCAACUGCGAGCAUACGCCGCUUUUGCAGACGGUCAUCGUGGCCCCGCCUCGACCACGAUAUCCUCACAGCACGUUAAGACGCUUCUGCACGAUUGCUCUUGUAACAAGCUUGAUAAUCAUCGUUGCCCUUUUCCUUCUUCCUUUUGCCAUUGACGGACCUCGACCUCAUUGGCAUCAUCGUCACCGGCCUUUUUUGGCUUCAUUUUCUUCCUCUUCUCCAUCACAGCUCCCCAGCGAUGCAUGGCCAUUGACCCAGGGCAUUCCCUACGAAGAGCUGCAACAGAUUCUAUUGACGACUCCCGAAGAAGCCAAAGCCAGAGAAUGGAGCCAAUACUAUACCGCUGGGCCCCACCUGGCAGGUAAGAAUCUCAGUCAAGCUAUCUUUACAAAGGAACGCUGGGAAGAGUUCGGUAUUGCAUCCGAAAUUGUAUCGUAUGAUGUUUACGUCAAUUACCCCUUGGGCCACCGUCUGGCUCUGCUGGAGAAGUCCGAUACCUCUGCUGAAGGCGCUCUUGAGGAGGACGUGCUUGAAAAGGAUCAUACGAGCGGUUUGGCGGACCGAAUUCCAACUUUUCAUGGCUACUCUGCGAGCGGAAACGUCACCGCAUCCUAUGUCUACGUCAAUUAUGGCACGUUUGAGGACUUCAAUGACCUCGUCAAGGCCAACGUUAGCUUAGCAGGAAAGAUUGCUCUGGCCAAGUAUGGCAGAAUUUUCCGGGGGUUAAAGGUGAAGCAUGCUCAAGAACAUGGCAUGGUUGGAACUAUUAUUUACAGCGACCCUGGAGACGAUGGCGAAGUGACGGAAAAGAACGGGUAUGCCCUUUAUCCGGACGGCCCAGCACGGCAGCCUAGCAGCGUCCAGAGAGGCAGCACGCAGUUUCUCAGUAAUGUAAUGACAAUAUUCCUUCUAGGUGUUGCUCCGGGUGAUCCUACCACACCUGGCUACCCGUCGAAACCUGGGGUACCCCGCCAAGAGGUCAAUGGCUCAAUCCCAUCGAUUCCGUCAAUCCCAAUCUCCUAUCUGGAUGCUCUCCCCCUUCUCAAAGCCUUGAACGGCCACGGACCCAAAGCGUCCUCUAUCAACAAAUGGUGGCUUGGAGGUGGCUUGGAUUACAAGGGCGUCGAGUAUAACAUUGGUCCUUCGCCGGAAGGUCUUGCAUUGCACCUUGUCAAUGAACAAGAAUAUGUCACGACUCCUAUGUGGAAUGUUAUUGGUAUCAUCAACGGAUCGAUCCCAGAUGAAGUCGUCAUCCUAGGAAAUCAUCGCGACGCCUGGGUUGCCGGAGGAGCUGGUGAUCCCAACAGUGGCUCCGCAACUCUCAAUGAAGUCGCAAGAAGCUUUGGCAACGCUCUCGAAGCUGGCUGGAAACCUUUGCGGACCAUUGUGCUGGCAAGCUGGGACGGCGAGGAGUAUGGCCUUAUUGGGUCAACGGAAUGGGUCGAGGAAUAUUUGCCGUGGCUGUCGAAGACUGCAGUGGCGUAUCUGAAUGUUGACGUCUCGACCGCGGGUCCUCGCUUUAAGGCGUCGGCCAGCCCUCUCCUUAAUAAGGCCCUCUAUGAAGCUACGUCAUUGGUGCAGUCCCCCAACCAGACUGUGAGCGGACAAACCAUCCGCGACACUUGGAGCGGUCAUAUCAGCACUAUGGGCAGUGGUAGUGAUUUCACUGCAUUCCAGGACUUUGCGGGAAUUCCUAGUCUCGACAUGGGAUUCGCCGGUGGUUCAGAAGAUGCAGUCUACCAUUACCACUCAAACUACGAUAGCUUUGACUGGAUGGACAAAUUUGGAGACCCAGGAUUCCAUUACCAUGUCGCCGUGAGCAAACUCUGGUCGAUACUCGCCGCGUCCAUUGUGGAGAAGCCACUACUGCACCUUAACGCUACGAAUUAUGCUACGGGCCUCCAGAACUAUCUCAAGGCCGCCAAGGACAAGGCCGACCAAUCAGCACCGAAGUCAGCAGAGUCUCCAGAAAUCUCGUCCUUCCGCGGCGCGUUCCGCCAUCUGGAGUACACUCUGCACCGCUUGUUUAACGCCUCGGUUGAAUUUGACGCGUACGCGGCCUAUCUUGAAGAAUCCCUUGGCGAAGACAUUCCGUGGUGGAAAUGGUGGGAGAAGGUCCGGCUGUAUUGGCAAAUUCGUCGAACCAACGACAAAUACAAGUAUUUGGAGCGACAAUUUCUUUACCUUGGCGGUCUCGAUGGGCGGUCAUGGUUCAAACAUGUCGUGUUCGCACCUGGCUUGCACACGGGUUAUGCCGGGGUAACGUUCCCUGGGCUAGUGGAGAAUAUUGAGGCCGGACAGUGGGAUAAUGCGACGGUGUGGAGUCAUAUCAUUGAGGAUCGCGUCGAAGCUGCAAUAGGGCUCCUGCACUUGCAUUGA